CAAUCUCACCGCAAAUGACCCGCAGCCAUUUGCAGAUGAGCAGACGGGCCACACGUCGAAGCACGACGUGCUUCUGCACGAAGCGGCGCGCAGGUGGAGCAGCACGCUGCGAUCAAGCGGCUUGUUGUUUUCAACAACAAGGCACAAAAUGAAUCAUGAUACUACUUCGACGCCCGGCUCUUCCCGCAGCCGGCGGAUGCCCACCCGAGCUGCCUUUUCCACGCCCGGUGGAACCCCGAGCAGAAGCCGGAUCGCGCAGCGCUACGACUAUCUCGGCCGCCCGAGGACGACUUCUGGGAGGCCCGUGCUCGCAUCUCCGAGAAGUAGGAUAAGGAACAAGAAAGGUUCUUCUUCUUCUUCUUCCCUCUACAACCUCUUCUAUUAUCCUGAUGAGGACCGGGACGAGAUUUUGCGAGCGAGAGGCUCCUCCAAAAAACAGCAGAGCGUCGCGCAUGUGCUGGACGCGCUGAACGAACACCAGCACACGCUGCCCCACCACGUACUGAAUCAACGGAAGUCCAUUUCCGCUCUGAAAGUAGGGGGCUCGACGUCGGCGUCCAAUCGUGAGGGAGGAGCAGGGGUACCAGUUGCUGAGACCACGAGUACUUCGGGUCAUCGCUAUGAUUCCGCAAGCAAGUCUCCUGGAAGUCGAAGUGGAACCACAUCGGGGCCGCAGUCUUGGCGCCCGAGCGAACUGCUGCGGAAGUUGAGCAAAGAGAAAGACGAAGAACAGGCGAGUAGAGCCGACGGAGCGAUAAAGCCGAACAACUCCAAGGAAAGUGUGCAGACGGUCAUUUCGCCUAACACUGCAGCGGCAAUGUUCGCCGAUUCAUCCCAACAACUACAAGCACCUGCUGGCAGGACGACGCCCGGCGAAACUAGUACGAGUCGUCAGGAGGUGGGGCAACAAGCCCAGGAGCCGCGUUCCGGCUCCACCGUGCAGUUUCAAGUACGAGCGAGCUCAAUACCGGCAGCGCAAAGCAAUGCGAGUGCCGCCGCGAGCGCGAGCCGGCGCAACAAUGCGGUCAGAAGUACGACAUCGUCGAGCGACCGGUCCAUCAUUCCCAAGUUGCAGUUCAGCCGCAUGAAUCAACCUGCGGCGAUGGAGCAAGAUACUGGUGUAAGGGUCACCCGCACCACAUCGUCUUUUACGUCGACAGCUGGUAGCGACGGUAGGGAUAGCAGAACCACCAAAAUGCCUGUGGGCGGGGGCAGGGCGGAGACGGGGACAUUUGCAGGUGGAGCAGCGCGAGCAGGACCCGGCGUCGAUGCUGGCCCAUUAUCCGCCCGAGCAGGGGUGAGCAAAAGACAGCAGCAACCGCGAAAGCCUGGCGUGCCGCGUAUGAACUCCGAGCGGAGCGACUUGCGAGGAAAGAUCUCCACGAUCUCGAAGAACAUUGCGGAGUUGGCAAAAAAGUAUGAAUUUGUAAUAAGUAUAGCCGCUUUCAUCUGCUGCGUUAGCGUUGGGUAUAUAAAUAUGCGCUUGCUGCUCCUGCUGCGUUGGUUCGGUCGUGCGCAAAAUUGGCGCACUCAGAGAUGCGAGCAAAACUUUCGACAUUAACCAGUUGAAUAAUGUCAACAUAAGGUCCAAAAUAAAAAUGUGGUCAAAACAAAUGCUUAAUUUCAUCAGGGCCGAAGAGCAGCACGACGCGCCCGCCGAUAAAGCCGUUGUCCGGGAAAAGCUGACCACGCCCAGAUCACUAGCCAAGCAGAACAGCGACCGGCUGAAGCGGAGCAGUGCGCAGCAGAGCUCCGACCUGCCUGGAGCGAAGGGGACGCUGAAGUCCUCGAGAUUACGCGAGACAGUAGGCGAGGACGAUGGGGAUGAAGAUGAAGACCUUCUUCUACCUGAUGGAACAAGCGAGGCGCCGGCACAGGUGAAGGGCUAUCACACAGGAAAGUACUUACUGACAUCACCCAUUGUAGCAGAAAAAGCAUAGACAGUUCGUUGAUUGUGCAGCAUUUUUUUUCAAGUUUGUAGAGUCACUAAAAAAAAGUAAAAGAUUGUUCGCUAAAUAAAGGCAUCAUAGAUCAUUGCCAAGUUCAUCUUUUUGUUUCUCUGGUAAUACGGGCGUCGUCGUCGUGCUUUUCCGUAUGAUAAGGGGCUCAAGUUGCACUUGCAGCGGCUGAACCGGGAUCUAGAUGAAGAACGCGAUCAGCGCAUCGUGCUGGAAGCGGAGGUGGAGAACAUGCGCAAGCAAACUAUCCAGCUGCAAAAGUACAAGCAGUCCUUUGAGAUCAUGAAGCGGGAGCGGGACGAGCUGAAGAUCCGUUUGGGCGGGGGGUACGACAAAUUGCAGGAAAAGUACGAAAAACUGAAGAAACGCCACUUAAAGUACAGCGACAUCAUUCUCUCUCUGCACGACCGCGCGGGCAGGGUGUGUGACAUGGUGGCCCAGAAAAUGCUGCAAGACCAGCAGGACCAAGAUAUCUUUGAUGUUCUGGCUCCGGGGGGCAUCAAAAACGAUACAGAGUUUAUUUUGCCGUCUUCACAACAGGAGCACACUAUGCAGACGUCGGCGGUGGUCGUGGCCGAUCGGCUCUACGUAUCAAAUGUAAAAAUGUCUGGGUCUUGAACAAUGCAACUUGUGAUGCUGCGUCUGCAUUAUCCAAAAAUCUGUAUUGCAUGAACAGCAAAAGAGGUCUGGUUUUGGCCACGGCGAGAGGGCAUUUCUCAUGCGGUAUCGGCAUCAGAAAGCCCUCGCAAGGUCUGUGAUGCUAGGGCAUGCAUCGCAGACAUCAGGAGUCAUGCAAAAUGUGCAUGACAAACCUUGCACGCUUCCAGACCCAGACACUUUUGCAUUUGAUACUACGCCGAAAUGCAGAAAGACCAAGCAGCGGACCAGGCCGCUGUGGCCGGCGAGGCCAGCACAACAUCAGGAGCAGCUCCACCGCUGUUGCAGCUUCCUCUCCCCACUGCAGCGGACAUUGCGCAGCAGGCAAUCGCGACCGCGCGGUUCGAAAGGAGUCUUUCGCCGGACAAGAAGAAACCUUUGGCUUUGCUCGGUUCAUCCACAUCCCCACAAGAUGUUUCUUCUCCUGGAGCCAAAGCUAUAACGGACGAGAAGGAACUGCGGCAGCUAGAGAAGAUCAUCAGCGACGCCAAAUCGACCGCAGUGACAGGCUUGGAAGAGAAAAGAUUGUUCGAAGAGAAGGAAUACGAAGAAAACAAGCUGCAUACGGAUAUCAAGGAUGCGGGGGAAACUUACGUCAAUGUCGCGGACGAGCUGCGCGGCAUGAUUUCCGAGGAGAAGGCGGAAAUCGAGCAACACCUCGCGCAGGCGCGCAACGAGCGUUCCAACUAUUUAUCCAGGGGUAGUAGAACAAGUGCUGCGCAGCGUGGUCCUGGAAGUAGUAAAAAUGCCAGUGUUCAUCUUGGUGUUCCAGCUGUGAAAGCAAGCCGGCUCGCUGCGCCGAAGGUCGUAGCCGGUGCUGUUGCAGCUCAAAUGAAUCAGCAAGAAGCUGGUCCUGGUUCGCCUGUACAGCAUCACAUGGUGACAACCGACCUCGCCCCCCAUUUGAGUGAAUCAAACCGCCCAAGCGCGAUGCAGAGGCGUAGAGCGGAGCAGCUGGCUUCACCUUUGCGGGCAGGAGAUUCGGUGCGGACCGCCGUGUCCUCUUCGGCCGGAGGUCCGAGCGCGAGAGGGGGCAGUUCCAGCUCGCGAACUGGGGCGAAUAUGAAACGCGUGGGAGUUGUAGCACAAGGAGCUGUACAGCCCUUGCCUCGGAAGCCAGCGGUGCCCACUCAGCAACCCGGAACCAGGACCUCCAAAGCCAAAGCCGGUUCCUCAUCCGCGUCAACAUCGCCGUCGGUGACGAUAGCUCAGCCAAAGUCUCGAAUUUUAAACCCUGCGUCCAGCAGUCCGAGUGCGAGUCCUACGACGAUGGUGAUAUUGAAGGGCAAAAAUAAUGUGCAGCAGGAUCAGAUUCAGAACAGAAACCACGACGUGGUCAAGAACAUCUUUGCGGACGAAGAGACAGUAUACCAAGAAACCUCACGACCACCUGAAGACGCCCGGCCAGCGCGGAAAAGAUUCUUCUCGCAGGAUGAGCCGUUUGCAGAAGAAGCUGUUCUAUUUUCUGGGACGGGUCGAGGGUACAAUUAUUAUCCCGAGGUGGAGCAGGAGAGAAGUGGCAGUAGCACCACAGGUCGUACAGCGACGAGCACAAGCGCAAAUGGUAUGAUGAUCAAGAAAAUCACAGCAUUCGGACGCAGCAUUAAAAAGAUGGCGCAGAAAAAUGAAGCAUCUUCAUCGGAUAGUGACUAGAAUGAAGAGCACGGUAGGACAAGAUCAUGAUAAUUCGGCAUCGGCUCUCACGCUUAGCGAGGGGCAGAAAUGAUACUGCAAUCAGUUUCUAAUACAACCCGGCAUAAAAUUGGUCGCGUUUCGUUCACGGCGUAACGAAGAUUUGAUCCGAACCGAAUUCUUU